GGGGCUGCACAAAGGCAGACGCUAAGUUGAAUUCACCCACGCCCCUCCCGCGCCACCACUCUCCCCGCACCAUCCUCAUAGGCGUCUCUCCAUUCGUGUGGGCGGCACUUUCUCCCGGCACUUGAAAUAUACUUGUUGCAGCGCCUUGUCUCUGCCGCCCUCCCCCCCCAGCCACCACUUCCUCCUGCAUUCGGCAUUUCGGGCUGCUCUAAGGGGGCUCUCUUCUGAUUCCGGCAAGAAAGCCGCCGGGCGGGCAGUUAGCGGGAACGUGGAACAAUGAAUGUGGAACAUGAAAUUAACCUCUUAGUUGAGGAGAUUCGCCGUCUGGGGACUAAAAAUGCUGAUGGAAAGUUGAGUGUGAAGUUUGGUGUGCUCUUUGCUGAUGAAAAAUGUGCCAACCUCUUUGAAGCUCUGGUGGGCACUCUUAAGGCUGCAAAACGAAGGAAGAUUGUUACUUACUCAGGGGAGUUACUUUUACAAGGUGUUCAUGACAAUGUUGAUAUUUUGUUACUGCAGGACUAAUGCAGUUUGCACUUCUCCUAUACAUUAAUUAAUUUGUUUCAGGUGAACAAUAUGCAGACAUUUCAGAUCAAGGCAAAUCAUUCUAGUGUAUUUUGAUGUAUUUUUCUAUAACUUUAUAGUAAAAACAAGACUUAUUUUGGAAAAUAUUUCUUUGUGUAUUCCUUCUGUAAACAUUAUUGUGAAUGUGUGUCUUUUACCUUACAAUCAAUCUAUCUUUUUAACUCAGGUAAAGCAUUUAAAAUGUAUUUCUCACUUAUUGUCACCAUGACAGAAGAGAUAGGACUGCUAACUUACUUGUAUUUACCAACCAAAAUCUGCUGUGAAAGUAUAAAAUAAGUCAUACAUAAAUUUA